UUUGAAGGUCAUCCUUGGCUUGAGUACUUGGUGGAUCAAGACAAGAUAUAUUGUUUUUCAUGUUUUCUAUUUGAUAGAGAAAACACUCCUCACCCUGUGUUUACUAUAGAUGGGUUGAGAAAUUGGAAGGAUAAACAUGUGCUCAAGGUACAUAUGGGGGUUAAAGACAGUCCACACAAUGAAGCCAUGGAGAAGUGGUACUUACUGAGAAAUGUGGCUACUGAAAUUGAGAGAAUUUUUGUAAAAAAAUCAGCAAAAGAGGUGGAGCAUAAUUGAUUAAGGUUGAAGGUUGCAAUAGAGGCUGUGAGACUUCUAACAAACCAAGGACAAGCAUUUAGAGGCCAUGAUGAAUCUGAAAGCUCUCUUAAUGGUGGAAAUUGUAGGCAAGUUAAGAAGUCUUAUGAAAGAAUGGCUAGUGAAGAGGAUAUGAUGAUAUUGCAAAAUGGUCCUCAAAAUGCCAAGUACACAAGUCCAGCUGUUCAUUAGCAGCUUUUGAACAUUCUUGGUAAUAAAGUGAGGCAAAUGAUUUGUGAAGAACUUGGUGAUACAAAAUUUUGCAUUCUUGUUGAUGAAGCAGUUGAUGCAGGUGGCAAGGAGAAAAUGUCUAUUGUUUUGAGGUUUGUUGAUCGUCAAGGCUUUAUUCGAGAACGGUUCUUUAAGAUAGUGAGUGUUCCUGACACAACCUCAUUAACUCUUAAAUCAGAGAUAGUUAAAGUUCUUAGUAUGUUCAAUUUGCACGUGAGAAAUAUGCGUGGUCAAGGAUAUGAUGGAGCAAGUAACAUGAGUGGUAUUUGGAAUGGCUUACAGGCAAUGUUUCUAGCAGAGUGUCCAUCUGCAUAUUACGUUCAUUGUUUUACUCACCGGUUGCAGCUAGCAUUGAAUGGUGCGGCUAAAGGAGUUCAUGAUUUAUGCCGCUUCUUUUCUACUUUGUUGUUAGUUGUGAACUUUGUCGAUUCAUCUGCUAAGCGCAAGGGUGCACUAAAAGCUGCUAGAGAUGAUGAAAUCCAAGAUUUGAUAGCUCUUAACACUCUUCAAACUGGUACGGGGUCUAAUCAAACUUGUACUUUGCAACGACCAGCUAGUACUCGUUGGAGCUCUCAUUUUCACUCUAUUAAAAGUUUGAUUGAAUUAUUUGGUUCAACCGUAACAACCCUAUAUCAUAUCAUGGACACUGCAUCCUUACCUAUUCAGGGAGAAGCUAGUGGUAUUCUUAGAGCUUUGAGAACCUUUGAGUUUGUGUUUUGUUUGAUUAUGAUGGAUAAAGUCAUGAAAGUCACAGAAGUACUUUGUCAAGCAUUACAAUGAAAAAACAUUGACAUUGGAGAAGCAAUGAAGUUUGUUCAAUGUACAAAAGA